AUAGUGCUCCAAAUCAGCUGGGAUUGGCUGCAGGUUAUCAUGGUGAGCACAGGUGCAUGGGCCAGGGAGGGGAGCCCAUAAUGAGCACCGCCCUGGCAGAGGAGAGAGAGAGAGCACAAAGGAAAAAAACAAACAAAACACAGAGUCAGCCGACAUCUAGAAUGAGUCGUAUAAAGGAUAGACAUCGCUUGGUUUUGCAACAUGUUGUGAUCCUCAUUUUUUUAACACAAUCUUGUGGUGGUCAGCAUCAGAUGAUUGGUCCAACUCAGCCAGUAGUGGCCAUGAUUGGUGAUGACAUCAUUUUGCCAUGCCACCUGGAACCUGCUGUGGAUGCUGUUGACCUGACUGUGGAUUGGUCCAGAAAGGACCUCAAACCUAGAUCUGUCUAUGUGAGGCGAGAGGGUGUGGAGCUUCUGACUGAGCAGAAUCCUUUGUACACAGGAAGAACAUCACUCUCUGUCAACAAACUGCAGUGUGGAGACGUUUCAUUGAAACUCUCCACAGUGCAACUCUCUGAUGCAGGAACAUACAAAUGCCUUGUACCUAAAUUUAAUGCAGAAACUGUGGUGACGCUUGCUGUAGGUUCAGUUUCCUCACCAGUCAUAGAACUCACCAAUGUCAAAAAUAAAAUGGUGUUAGAGUGUAAAUCUAAUGGCUGGUAUCCAGAGCCUCAGAUGUUGUGGGUGUACAGUGAGGGAAAACCCAUUUCUGUGGAACCUACAAAGAUUGUCAGAGGUUCUGAUGGCCUCUAUACUGUCAGCAGUAAAGUGACUGUGGAGAAAGGACAGAGCUACAGCUUCACCUGCAAAGUUCAACAGAAGAAUAUCAGUCAAAUCAAAGAGACACACAUCCAUGUUUCAGGUGAUCUCUUUAUGGUCCAGUCUAAUACUGCUGUUCACAUUAUCAUCAACUUGGCUGUCUGUUUAAUAAGCGUCGGGACAGUAAUAUUCGUAAUAUGGAAGUGUGGACAAAAGAAAACCGAAAACAAAAGACUUGAAGAUGAGUUUCAGAACAAUGAGGAAGACUUAGAACAUGUCCAACAAACCAUUAAAAAACUCAAGGAGCAGAAGACAUCUCUGAAGAAUCAGAGAGAAAAACUCAUCACACUGAUUCAGGAGGACAAGACAGAGAAGAAAGAAAUCAUGUUGGAGACUAUCCCAGCUUUGGCUUUGGAUAAAGGCAAACAAAGGCAAAAGCUUACAAAUAAAGAAAAGGACCUGGAAAAGAGAAUGGAAGUACAUGAUGAACUGUUAAAGAUGACAGACAAACUAAUGGAGGAAACAGAGAACAUUAUAAUCCAGAUGACAGAAAGAAAGGGAAAGUUAGAAAAAGACAAGGAACAAAUUAUUAAACACUUGAGAGAGAAACAAAGAAAUGAAAAAGAUUUUGAAGAAACUGUCAGAGAAACAAGCGAGAAACAAUGAACAGGUGUGUAAGAACCCAGGAUGAGUUUUUCUUUAAUAUGUCUCAUGCUAAAAUCACACAUACAAACUGUCAUGUUGUGUUCAGUUUAUGUUCCCUUUUUUUUAUGUUCCCAGUGUCUUCAGUAGUGAACCUAACCCUAUUUUUUUUUCUUUUUUCCUCAGCAAGCAACAGAGUAACACGAUAAAUAAAACAUGGAUUUUGCAUUGCUGUCAUUUUGCGAUGCGAUACCUGAUGUCUUUAUUUAUUUGCUUUAAAUUUAUAUUAUAUACAAGACAUUUUGACUGUAUUUUAUCAUAGGAGAUUUUGUUAUGAUAAAAUGUAUCAAUAUUAUUUAAUCUUUUUAAUCUUCUGUCUGUGUGAAAGUAAGAAUUACACUGUGAGAGAAAGAAGAAAAUAUGAAAAUAUGCUGUAUGUAUUGUAUUGUUGUGAGAUCUGGGGUAGAAAGAGACUAAAGUCCCCCCCAGUCAUCUCUAGAUCAGAGGUGAGAGAGAUUAAAAGGUCUUAAUAUUCAGACUUAUGUGAGUAAGGCCACACACAAGGUCACACUAAUACGUUUUCGUUUGAAAACGCAACUUUUUCUCUCCGUUUUGGCCUUCAGUCCACACUGAGACGGCGUUUUCAGUCAAGGAAAAUGGAGCGUUUUGAAAAUGUUCUUCAAAGCGGAUACAUUUAAAAACGCCGUUUUCGCAUCGCAGUGUGAACAGCGUACCUGGAGCCUUUUUGAAAACUAUGACGCAUUUUAGUCAUGUGAUGCAUUCAUGUGACCAAUUAAACUAAGACAGCGGAGGGCAGUUGUUACAGCAGUUGUUUUGUUUGCUCUCAAUUUUGA